AUGAACUCAGAACGCGUGCCUUUCCUGACUCUCGGGACCCUUUUGGGGGGUCCGACUGGUCACUCUAGCGGUGAUCACGAGAAAGACUGCAGAUUUGCCCUUGAAAGGGCCAUUGCAUCUUACACCGUUUCGGCGGAAGAGCAACACAGGCUUGUUGAAUUGAUGGACUCGUGUCAAGGGUCGCAAGCUACAGCACAAAUACAAGCCAGGAUGCCCAUCAUUGUCCAAGACACUCAUGAUUUUGUGAAAUGGUUACACCACAGCUUGCUACGUGUCUUUCAACCCGAUGAACAUGGCCUCGAACGGACACAUCUAAAUACUGGGAUGGCGGAGCAGACUGGAAGGGAACGUAUGGAGGAUGGCGCUGAUAGUCCCAUUGGAGAAGUAGACGGUAAUUUGCAUGCAUCGAAUCAGCAGGCGAUCAGGUUUGGCAACGUUGCGACAGAGACGGGUUCCGACUCCCAUUGCCAGGCGGUAGGCCAAAGUCACAAUAUUUCAAAGCAUGGGAGCAACUUCCAAGAGACAGAACAGGCUUGGCUAAUAAGUGACAGACGUAAUCUCCAACGUAAAGGCAAUAUCACGUCGCAUUCUUUCAAGAUAGCAGUCAUCGGAAUCUCGCUAAAUAACAAGAUCACUGAAAAACAAUACAUUCGAUCUCUCGGAAAGGGAAAUCCUGCAUUGGAAAAUGUCCACAUGCUGCAUUUUAGCGGAAAGAAGAAAAGGGGGCAAUCAUCGAACGACGACGACAAUAAAAAUCGCAGGCUUAAUUUAAAAUUCAAGGACAGAAAUCAUGCGAACCAUUGUCUCGAGCACGGUAUCACAUUGAAACGCAAGACCUACAAGUGUGAAAUCGUGAAGCCUAAACCUGAUCUUAAGUGUGGGCAAUGUCAAGGACUUGGUCACCAGACUUGCGAUGCAACUCCAAUAUGUGGCAGCUGCGCUGGACAGCACUCUACCAAGGAAUGCGAGAAUGCUAUUAUCAGAUGCGCCAAUUGUAACGGAAAUCAUUUAACAAAAAGUAAGGAGUGUCAAGUGCGCCAGGAGUGGAUGAGAGAAGCAGGAGUCCGAUUCCCUACCCCCGACAAAUACAUCUCGCACGGUGAGGUGAUGAGUGCGAUUAACGGGGCUCCAGCGUCUGUAGCUUCCUCUAUGCCAGCUCCUCAACCAUCCAAUACAAUGACGGCUCAAAGUUCCUCUCGUGUCGCUUUCAAAAGAAGCAACGCUUACCCCCUAGCACGUCGAGAAUUCUCAGAUGAAAUGUUGGGAUCAGUCAAUGAAGAAGCACUUGAUGCAUUGGUUCGAGACAAGGAAGAUAGCGCAAAUGAAUACGACCCAGAUGAGAUGCUGAGAGAGAUUGACGCUGUGAGACUGCCUGUUCUAACACAUAUCGGAUCUAUCUCGAAUCCCGCCCACGCGUCCAGGAAACGGUGCUACGACGAUUACACGAUGUCAGGAGCUCUCAGAGCCUCGGCCAAAGAGCGAAAAAGUUACGAAUGA